AUGAAUGAGAAGAAGCAACCCAGCAUAGCCAACCUGUUCGCGGCGAACAGGGAUGGCGGCGGGAGGGGGAACCAAAACAGCGGGGGGGGCGGUGGAGACGACAAAAGGGUUAUCAUAGACCGGGAGAAGAAGCAGUCCAUCUGGUCGCUGUUCACCCAGGUGGAUGCGUCCGGGGGGGGUGCACGGAAAAGGAGCGAAGGUGGGGAUGAUGGUGGUGGAGAAAGCCCCCCUGCAGACGUGUUUUUCACCCCGAGAAAUGCGCCGCGGGGGGGGGCCGACAAGGGGGCAAACCGCCACGCGGGUGGUCACUCUGCUAGUCACUCUGCUAGUCACUCUGCUAGUCACUCUGCUAGUCACUCUGCUAGUCACUCUGCUAAUCAAUCUGCUAAUCAACCUGCCAACCGCGCCGUUACCCACGGGGCCAAGCAGGGGCUGUUCAAAAACGUGCAAGAAAAUCAGGACAUCAGAAAAGAAAUAGAAAACAUAACGAGCAGCUUCAAACGGAAGAACAACAUUUUACUGGGGGACAAAACGGACGACAGUGUGCUGAGCAGCAUCCUCUCGAGGAAGAGGACAAAAAUGAACGUCGAGGGGAGGGAGGUAGCUCCGUGCUUCACCCCCCCCGCGGGAGGCUCCUGCGCGUCCUACAACGCAUACAAGGAGUUCUUCGCAAAGGGGGCCUCUAGCCAAGGUGGGACGGGCGAAACGAAGGUGAUCGAUAAGAAGACGCUCCUGGAUGAUUUGGCGGCGAACAGAACGAGGCACCAAAUUGAGGGCGACAAUGUGGUGAGUCGCAUGAAGGGGGGGAGCGAAGCGAGUCAAACGAGCCAGGUGAAGGGGACAAACCAGACGAGUGCCGCCAACCAUGCGAGCGCCGCCAACCUUGCGAGCGCCGCCAACCAUGCGAAGGGCGCAAGGGAGGAACGCCCCCCACACACGUGCGUGCUGAAGAAGAAGAACGUGUGCGUCCCCGUAAACGUAGUGAACGAGCACAACCAGCAAAACGUUAUUAAAAUGAGAAAGGCACACCAAAAAAUUUUUAAAAAGGACACCUUCGACCUCUUUCACCACCUGGGAGACGACCUAUUCAGGCACAUCGUCUCGAACGUGAAAAGUAAAAAAAACCUCCUCCUCCUAAACAAACGAUUUAGAGACAUGGUCCGUUGCCUCAGAGUGAAACUCAUUUACGAUGGGACAUUAAAAAAUACAAUUCCUCCAGAGAGCAUUAUAAAAACGAUGUAUACGUCCGACAAGCUGCAAGUGCUGGACCUUUCAGGAUGCUCUCAUCUCUCCUCUCACCAUUUUAAUUUACUAUGCAAUUCUAAUAAUAUAAAAUUUGAUAGGACCUUAAAAAUACUAUGCCUAAAUGGAUGUACCAAACUUACCGAUUCCAGUUUGAAGGUACUUCUCCAUCGCUUUAAGUGCCUCUCCAUUGUGGAUCUUCGUAACUGCUAUAAGAUCAGUCAUGAUGGGAUCUACCCCUUGAAAUUUAAAAGCGCCUUGGUGAAAUUGUACCUUGGGAAUACCUCCUCCUCUACGGUCUCUAAUUACCAUUCUGAUGAUACCCUCCGUGUACUCUUCAGCUGUGUGCCUCCUGCAUCGGGGGAAUCUACCGCUCAUAGGGUAACUCCCCAGGGUGGUGAGAUGGAUGUGCAGAUCGACACCCCACUGAAGCUACUCUCCUGCUUCGAAAUCACCAAUGCGAAGCAACUCAGCGAUAUUUCGUACCUCUAUAUAAUUUCUAAAAACCUUAAGGUGCUUAACCUCCGGGGGUGCAACGUUGAUGAUAGGGCGGCCAUCUUCUUCAAAUGCCUCACCAACCUCAUCGCUUUGAACGUAGCAGACACGAAGGUCUCCAAUGAGGUGAUCAAAACGGUCUGCGCUCACUCACCCAAGAUGCGGAUCCUGGACAUCUCCAAAACGACGGACGUCCAGAACGACACCAUCUUGACCGUCGCGCGAAGUUUGAAGCGCCUCCGGAAGGUUAAGGUGUCCUCGUUGCAACACGUGGACAAUUUCUCCGUCCGGGAAUUCCUCAAACACUGCAGGGACCUCGUAGCAAUCGAUUUCUCCAGCUGCUGGAAAGUUAACAACUCCUUUUGCCACGUGAACGGGCUGGAAGUCGCGUCAGGGCCCAAGCUGACGGACGUGGGUGUCUACCAGUGCUCAGUCGACCGCAGGGCCUGCGAAGGGGCCCUCACCGAAGUCGGCUGCUCCUCCGUGCGCGUGCACAUAUACAACGAGCUGAAAAUAUUUGAGACAUCCAUUUACGCGGACGUGGACGCCCUGGAUCAGGGCGAAUGA